AUGGGAGAUAAACCGACAUUAAAAACUCCACCUUGUGAAUUAAAAAAAAAAAAUAAAAUUUUAGGCAAAAACAGAAUAAUAAUAAAUAUUUUAAAUUUAGUAUUUUUAGGUAUCAAGCAUAUGGAUUGGAUGGGUGGACAAAUAUUUUAUUUGAAAACACCAUUAUUAUAUUCUUUAUUGAAUUCUCCAAAAAAUAAAAAAAAAAAAAAAUUUAGUAUGGUAGUAAAUAAAUUUAGUUUUUAA